UUUAUUACUUCUUCGAUCUGCCUCUGCCCUGAUACCAACCUACAUCUACAUUACAAAUAUAAACAAACGUAAAAUGUGUACAUUCCUUCCUUAAAAGUUCUUUUUGUCAUGUCUUUAUGAGUCAUUCCUCACUUUUUCUACUAAUUUUUACCCUUUUACAUCUUAAACAAGUAUGUAUAUAUGGUUUGAUUUCAAGAAAGUUAUAAAUUUGUGCUACUUUGGUCUUCACAGUUCAACAAGCAAUGCAACAUUAGGUGGCUGUUCGAUGAAGUUUCACUAGGAUAUAUCGUUCGUUAACAACAUUUUAUUGUUAAUUCGGUCUUUUGAUGGGCUGCUUUCACUCAAAAAUCUGCCGAUUCAGUACCCCUGGUUAUGAGGAACCAACACUGCUUGCUGCUGAGACAGCUUUUACGGUGAGUGAAGUUGAAGCAUUAUAUGAGCUGUUCAAGAAAAUAAGCAGCUCUAUAAUUGAUGAUGGACUAAUUCACAAGGAAGAAUUUCAGCUGGCAAUUUUCAAGAACCAAAACAGGAAAGAUCUUUUCUCAGACAGGAUUUUUGAUCUAUUUGAUUUCAAGUGCAACGGAGUGAUUGAAUUUGGAGAAUUUGUCAGAUCAUUGAGCGUGUUCCACCCAAAUGCACCAGUAGCCGAUAAAAUUGCAUUUGCAUUCCGAAUAUAUGAUCUAAGGCAGACUGGGUAUAUUGAAAGAGAAGAGCUCCAAGAGAUGGUUUUGGCGCUGCUGAAUGAGUCAGACUUGAUUCUUUCGGAUGAUAUAGUUGAAAUGAUUGUAGAUAAGACAUUUGAUGAAGCAGAUAAAAAGAGUGACGGAAAGAUAGAUCAAGAAGAGUGGAAGGAGUUUGUUUCAAAGAAUCCCUCUCUUCUAAAGAAUAUGACCCUUCCAUAUCUCAAGGAUAUAACUUUAGCAUUUCCUAGCUUUGUGAUGAACUCUGAGGUGGAAGAUUCGGAAGUCUAGACUCAUGCUUUUAGCAUAUAACACGCGUAGUUGAAGGUCCAUAUAUCGUAUCAAGUAAUCUCUUCCAAACUAGUGAUGCAACAGAAAUGCAAAAGAGUCGAGAUGAAUCAGAUUUUGCAUUGAAAUUUUGGAAGUUGGCUUCACAAGAUUGAACUUAAGAGGCAUGCAGAAAAUCAGUUCUUUUGCCAGCUCCAAUUGGCAUUAGCAAGAUGUACUACUUUUAAUGUAUCUAACUAGUCUGUUGGUGUUAGAAAGCAAGGUAAUAUUGUUCAUAUUUCAAAUUAAAGUCGAAGUUUUGUUCAAAUGUAAUAAACAAACAUGAAUUUCAAUUUUGAAAUCCAAAUUGCAUGGUCAAA